CCAUUUUAUCCGUUGUCUUAUUUUCUGGCGGAGGAUAAUUAUUGAAUGAUAUUCUAGUUACAUUUUUUGCGCAUAGUUACGAACGUCGAUAUCUAAGUUCUUCAUAGAAAAUGUCGGUUCAAUUGUCUUAGUACAGACGAAAUUUCCCCCUGAAUAGGACUGAUAGAUACUUGUAGUAUAUUGUCUUUAUUAUUUAAUAUUGUAACUUUAUUCUACAAUAAGCAGUGAAGCAAUAGUGAUCAACCCAUAAUGGGUUGUGGUUCAUCACAAGCUGUUAAAGUUGGUAGUCACAGUGGUCUGGAAAAUAGUUCGAGUAAUGGAUGGACUAAAGGCAAUUUGAUGAAAGAUUUUGAUUCGGACGAAGUAUUUCGGGAAGCAGACGUGAUAUCAACAAAUUCAACAGAAAUAAUUGGACGUCGAACGUGGAGUUGUGAUUCGGACAGUGAUAAAAAUGGUUAUAAUACAACAUCAUCAUUACAAAAAUCAUCCGGCAAAAACGGCACUCCGGCAUCAAAUGCAAAUAAUACUGCGACAAACAAAAACAAUGUACAAAGUCCGGAAUUAUAUAGAACUCAAAGUCCUGGUAAAACUCCUGGAAAUAUGGACCUCAAAGAAAGAAUUGAUAUUUUAUCACAAAGACGAAGGAGUUUACAAUUUGAAAUUGGUCGUGAUUCGAAUACAAGUGACAAUUUUGAUUAUUUACAUGCUAAUGGUAAUGGAAGUCCUAUGCUACAAGGUUCGUCCAAGCCGCCUGCUCAAGAAUUUCCAAAAAGAAGAUCAAUAUUCCCUCCACCUCCCGAUCGCAGUGAAAAUCCGUCACCAUUUGGAACAAGAGCCAGGUAUCGAUUAACCCUCACAGAUAGCCAGAAGGAAUUUUUCAAAAUGCUUGACGAAAAAAUUGCCCAGGGUAAAGAUUAUUAUUCCGAAGACGAAAAGUCUAUUUCGUCUCUUGUGUCUCGCAGUGGAAGUGGGAGACUGACACGUAUUCUCGCGUCCUUACGACCACAGCAUGCCAGGUGACAAUGCAACUACAUGCCUGCUCGCAACGAUAUGAAUCAGAAUAGCCGGAUUUGUCAGAGACAAAGUUCUAUUGGGGGACGAGGAGCUUGCACUACGAAAUAUGAUUAUUUAAUAAAUCUUUGUGUAUACAUGAAAAGCACCAGCGACGGUGAAAAAGGCUUGGUAGCCUCAUACACAACAUGUAUUUAGUAGUCUCAUCAACACACAUUCAACGUUGGCAACCGGAGCAAUCAUUCGCCAUAAAUACGAUUUAUUUGCUUUCCAGUGUUUCGUAACAAAGGCAUUGAAAUGAAAUCCACAUGUCAUCAAGAAACAAUUUAUCAUUCAAUAUAUUUGCACCAUGAUACAACAGAUACUGGUAAUUUGUUACUCAGAUAGGUUUGCAUCGUAUCGAGUAUUAUCUCCCAAAUAUUAGGAAGUUUGAUACAAAUCAGUUUGCUUGUAUUCAAGGCCAUUCAGUGUAACUUGUCGGGUUGAGCAAUUUAAUUCGGAGUAAUUGAUUCUAAUAUUUUUAAACUAAAUUUUUGUAAACAAUCAGCAUGAUUAUGGUUUGGUAAAACGUGGACACGUUUAGUGACUUUUCAUCACUCAACUAACGCUUUCCUUUCAACAGUGUUCAAUAUAACUCCAACAGGGUAGGGUGAUGACCUGAUUAUCAAAAUUCCGCCUAAAUAAAUAACCUAGUAAUUGAAUGAAAACGGAUUUGUAUCUGGUAAUGUAUAAUAUAUAUAUAUUUUUUUAUUGAGUGUUUUGGAAACCGAAAUAGUAUAUUUUCAUUGCGUUAUUUUUUCCACCGCACAAUCCAUGGCUUUUUUCAUCUUUUGCUAUACUCGAAUAUUUGCUAUAUAUAUUAGACAUUUUAUAUCAGGUAUUCGAAAUUACAUUUGAAUCUAGUUUUAUAAACUUCAAAUUACUAUUUAAGGAGGUUCAAAACAAACAAAAAAUUCGACUUCCUAGUUUAGCCAAACCACUAAACAUCCUCUAGCUCGUUAUAUUGAGCUAUUUAUAAAGAAUUCGUACUAUUGCGGCAUAAGUACACUUUUGUUAAUGUACUUUUUUAGAACAACAAUGUCUGAAAAUUUUUAUGGUCACCUUUUUUGUUAUAUUCAGUUGAUUUUAUAUUACGUCAUAUCCGUAAAAUAUUUAAUCGCACUUGUGACUGAAGUUGCACUGUACUCAAGCACAACUGUUAAAUUAUUUACAUUUUCAUAUAUUUGCCUUUAUCCUUCUUUUAUCGCACUUGUGAAAAUUUUUCGUUGAAAUUGCUACUUUAUAAAAUAUAAUAAUUUUUUUUUGUAUUUUUCUUUCACAUUCAUUUGACACGGAUUUUGCCAAUCCGAAUUCUGCAAAUUUCAUUUUUCUCAUUAAUAUGAUUUGUAUUGUCAUUGCUCAUUUAUCAUUCAAAAAUACGAAAGAAUCACUAAAUGUCGAGAAUGCCCCAUCAGUAAGAUUACUAUUUGAAUACAGUAAAUUCUGAAUUAGUUUUAGUCGAUUCAACCAUUUGGCUAUAGUGUCAGUCGACAUUUUUAUAUGCCAAUUUGAGUUGACACAAGGUUACCACAUUAGACCUUCAUUAUUGUUGCUGGUUAAAAAUAUGAUCCCAUGUCCAACACCUCAUUUAAGAAGUAAUCAAUUGGCUAGGCUGUGCCAAAUUUUCCCAUGUCUACAGCUUUUCGGAUUGAAGUUAGAUUGGUAUCAUAAAGCCGUUUUUAUUUUGAAAUCUCCCUAUGCCAAUGGGCAGGGCAAAACUACAUUCUUGCAUAACCUACCACUGUAGCCGAAAACAAUUUCAAGCGGUAAAAACAACAAAGAAGGCGCUACACUAUUAUAAACUAAAUCUACGCUGACGCUGUUGUUUUUGCAUUCUCUUUCAUCACUGAAGUAUGUUGCAAUAUAUAUCAUAAAUUUUUCUUUAAAAACUCUUUUCCAAUCCGUUCGGCGUUGUGCCAACGAUAUUUGCACUGUGUCACAAUUUUAAACGUGAUUCAUGCUUGAUCGAGUAUAGUUUAUGGUGCUUCUUUUUGAUAUUCUUUAACGACAAUAAAUAAUACUCGU